CGCCAACAGAAGAGAGGGAAAAUGUAAAGAUACAAUCAGAGCUCAUGACGGUGAAAAAAACGCGCGCACGAGAAGCGUACGGUGAAGAACGGCGGAGCAUGGCGGCGGAGUUUAGGUUUCCUAUAGAUGGCAGCUCCUAGUUCGUGUCGGUUGCAGCGGAGUUGGAAUUGAAUACGCAAAACGGGUCAAAAGAUUGUUUUGAUUCUUCAGAAGAAUUCUCACAGUAAAAUAAACCAAUAAUUCAAACCAAAGAAAGCUCUUGAAGAUAUAGGUAAAUCACUUGGUAAGAAGGAUUGGAACUUUGAUGUUGAUCCCUGCAGCAACAAACCUAAUUGGGCUACACCAAAGCCUACAACUCACAGAGUGAGUCUUGUAGAGAAUAAUGUCACCUGCAACUGCAGUGUUGCUGGUGACAACUUCUGCCAUGUUGUUUCAAUAACUUUGAAGGGGCAAAAUCUCCCCGGCACUCUCCCACCAGAACUGACCAGGUUGCAUUACCUUCAAAUCAUGUAAGUAAUUCCCAAACUUUCCCUCACAUCCAAAUUAACAAUAUUAUUGAACUUGUCUUAUAUCUUUAAUCACAUAUAUCUAUAUUAUAUUUUGCAAGACAUACUCUUUCUCUCACUCUCUCUAUUACAGUGACCUCUCUCGCAAUUACUUGAACGGUACAAUUCCUAAAAAAUGGGGCUCCAUGGUGAAUCUUCUUAACAUUACUCUCCCUGGAAAUCGAUUAACGGGGUCAAUACCAAAGGAGAUUGCAAAUAUAUCUACCCUGCUUCACUUGGAGUUAACGGCCAAUCAAAUGUCUGGGAAUAUUACUUCUGAGCUUGGGAAUCUAACCCAGAUUCAAACACUGCGAAUUUCCUCUAACAAUUUUUCGGGAGAACUACCUGCAACAUUGGCCAAGCUCACUACAUUGCAAAAUUUCCAUAUUUCAGACAACCAAUUCACAGGAAAGAUACCCGAUUUUAUUCAGAACUGGACUAAUAUCACUACGCUAAUCAUUCAAGGGAGUGGAUUAAGUGGGCCUAUUCCUUCCAAAAUUUCAAUUUUGAGAAACUUAACUGACUUGAGAAUUAGUGAUUUGAAUGAAUCUGAAUAUGCACCUUUGCCCCAACUAAAUAAUCUGACAUUGUUACAAAAACUGAUUCUGAGGAAUUGCAACAUCAAUGGAACUCUACCUGAAUAUCUUAAUGCUAUCACAUCAUUAAAAUACUUAGACUUCAGCUUUAACAAAUUCAGUGGAACAAUUCCGAGUACCUAUGCUGACAUAAAUGGCGUGAAAUUCAUAUUUUUAACUGGAAACCUUCUCACAGGACCGGUGCCUUCUUGGAAAAAGAACAUCGACGUAGAUCUUUCAUACAAUAACUUCAGCAUCACCCAAGAAAGUCAGAUAUGUCAAAGUGAUAAACUAAACUUGUUUUCUACCUCAUGGGCAAACAAUGACAUAGGAACAGUUUCGUGUUUGAGCGAAUGUCGCAAACCCUCAUACUCCCUUUAUAUAAAUUGUGGUGGAAAGCAAGAAAAAGUCAAUGGAGCAAGUUAUGAUGACGAUUCAGAUUCACCUGGACCAGCUAAACUCCAUGUCAGUCCAACAGGAAAAUGGGCAUUUAGCACCACUGGUUUGUUCAUUGAUGGUGAUCAACUUGGAGAAACUUAUUCCCCACCAGAUUUUACUCCACUUACUAUGGAAGAUGCUAAGUUGUACAUGAAUGCACGCGGUUCUCCCAUUUCUUUGACUUAUUAUGGGUUUUGUCUGAAAAAUGGAAGCUACACGGUAAAUCUUCAUUUUGCUGAAAUAAUGUUCACAGACGAUCAAACUUAUGGUAGUCUUGGAAGACGUGUAUUUGAUAUCUACCUUCAGGGAAAUCCAGUGCAAAAGGACUUCAAUAUUGCAAAAGAAGCAGGAGGAGUUGGUAAGAAAGUCGUAAAACAGUACAAAAAUGUUUCUGUUACUAGUAGUACCUUGGAGAUCCGUUUGUAUUGGGCUGGAAAAGGGACACAAUCUCUUCCAAAUAGAUCAGUAUUUGGUCCUCUUAUAUCGGCCAUAUCAAUGGAAUCUGACUCUCCACCUGGAGGCAUAUCUGCAGGAGUUGUGGUUGGAAUUGUGGUUGCCGCAACAGUUAUUAUCAUUCUAGUAUUUGGUAUACUUUGGUGGAAAGGAUGUUUUAAGAAGAAAGAAUCAUUAGCAAGAGAGCUGAAGAGUUUGGACGUUCAAACUGGUUUAUUUGCCUUAAGACAAAUCAAAGCAGCUACAAAUAACUUUGAUAUUUCCAAUAAGAUUGGAGAAGGAGGAUUUGGUCCCGUGUAUAAGGGAUGUUUACCCAAUGGGACAUUGAUAGCAGUAAAGCAACUUUCUUCUAAAUCAAAGCAAGGGAAUCGUGAGUUUUUAAAUGAGAUAGGCAUGAUUUCUGCUUUGCAACACCCUUAUCUUGUUAAACUCCAUGGUUGUUGUGUGGAAGGAGAUCAGUUGUUGCUGGUAUAUGAAUACCUGGAAAACAAUAGUCUAGCUCGUGCUUUAUUUGGUCCAGAGGAACACCAAAUUAAAUUAGAUUGGCCAACAAGGCAUAAGAUUUGUGUUGGUAUUGCUAGAGGUUUGGCAUACCUCCAUGAAGAAUCAAGACUGAAGGUUGUUCACAGGGACAUCAAGGCCACUAAUGUAUUGCUUGAUACGAAUCUUGACCCAAAGAUAUCUGAUUUUGGUUUGGCCAAGCUUGAUGAGGAGGACAAUACUCACAUUAGUACUAGAAUUGCUGGGACCUACGGAUAUAUGGCUCCUGAAUAUGCAAUGCAUGGUUAUUUGACGGACAAAGCAGAUGUUUAUAGUUUUGGAAUUGUUGCCUUGGAAAUCGUUAGUGGAAAGAGCAACACCAUGUAUCGAUCAAAGGAGGAAGCGUUCUAUCUUCUUGAUUGGGCACAUUUGUUGAAAGAGAGGGGUGACCUGACGGAGCUAGUUGAUAGAAGAUUAGGUUUAGAUUUCAACAAAAAGGAGGCUAUGGUGGUAAUCAAUGUGGCUCUCCUAUGCACCAAUGUCACUUCAAAUCUUAGGCCCGCGAUGUCAUCAGUUGUAAGUUUCCUUGAAGGAAGGAAUGCGGUUCCAGAGUUUGUUUCAGAUUCAAGUGAAGUAAUGGAUGAAAAGAAGUUGGAAGUAAUGAGGCAGUAUUACUACCAGAAGGAAGAAAAUAAUAUAAGUACUACCUCACAAAGUCAGCGUAUAUUAAAUGACGGGUCAUGGACUGCUACAUCUUCAUCAGCUGUGGACCUUUAUCCUGUCCACCUUGAUUCUUCCUAUUGGGAGGAAAGAAAUUAAGUGUCUUUCUUGAUAGAUAAAGAUAUAUUUGGCGCAUGAUAUGCCAAGUAUUAGGAGGUCAAAUAAAAAUAUUGUCAGGUGAUCCAUUGAAUCCAAUCUCUGGGAAAUCCUAACACCCCCAGCUACAGUCUAUUAGAGUUAACUCAUUUUUAAGAGGUCUAGUUAUAGGUUUGAAUAAAAAAAUCAGGAUUCCAGUCUCAAGUGUUUUGAUGAGCUACCUUUCAUUCCAAAGUGUCAUGUUCAUUCACCAUCUAUUUUGUAGAAUGCAAACUGCACAUAGGAUUUUUGUAGUUUAACAACAUCAUCUAUGUUGGACAAAAUCAUGAAGAUACCAUGUAUAUCAUUAGCUUAAUAACAUAUCCAUCAUAUUUUGUAAGCAUUUGACUCUCUAAGGUGAGCUUUAACUUGUAAGAUUCAAAUAUUCAAACAGUUAGAGCCAUUUAGUUCAGUUAUAA